AGCCAUUUUGGCCCAGGGUGAUGCGCGCCUCUGGCGGAAAGGUGGCGCUCGAGCCUCGCAUGCCAUGGGCCACAGGUCGCUGGGUGGCCUGCUCGAGGCCCUGGCCGCCGCCGGCGACGGCGACGGGAUCGGCGACGAGUGCGUCGAGGAUGAGGAGGAUGAGGAGGACGAGAGCUCUUCCCAGCGCAAGCUCGUGUACCAAAGGCGCGCGGUGCGCCCAUCGGGCAGGGCGAUGUCGAUCUUCCGCCAGCUGGGCGCGCUGGCCGGGCUGGCAGCGUGCGCCGCGGCCGCGGUCGGCAUGCAGCACGUGCCGAGGAGCAAGCUGCUGCGCGUGAUGUGGGGCACGCAGUCCAACUCCGCCAUCAACCUCGGGGAGAGCGGGACGAGCGAAGGUAUGGACGCUCUGGAAGCCGCGUCGUGGGACUACUACGGCGGCCACAACUGCUACCUGUCCCACGGGGGCAGGCCCAUCCAGACCGACGAGAAGCUCAACCAGUUGUCCAUCAUGGAGUGCACGGGCAGGUGCCAGUUGGACUCGCGGUGCGAGGCGGUGGUGAUGCAGCACAACACGGAGCGCGGCGAGUGCUUCUUGGUCUCGGAGGUCCGCCUCUCGGAGUGCGUUCAGACCGGAGGCUACGACCUGUGGCGACGCUCGGUGCCGGCCAUCAGCUCCACCACGACUGCCAGCAGCAUCGCCACCACGACGACCACGGCGCACACUUCCCCCACCACUGCCACCACGACGACCACGGCGCGCGCGGGCCCCACCUCUGCCACCACGACGACCACGGCGCGCGCUGGCCCCACCACUGCCACCACGACGACCACGGCGCGCGCUGGCCCCACCACUGCCACCACGACCACCACGGCGCGCGCUGGCCCCACCACUGCCACCACGACCACCACGGCGCGCGCUGGCCUCGCCAUUGGCACCAGGACGACCACGGCGCGCGCUCUGGCGGCGGGGCAUUCGGCCCAGCGCCCGCCGCGGCCGCGCCGGCAAGAGCGCCCGGCAGCUGCCCCGAAGCCGCCGGAGUGGGAGCUGCACAGCGGCUACAACUGCUUCGUCGGGCACGGCGGUCUUCCCGUGGAAGGCCGGCCCGUGCCCCUGGCCGAGCGGCUGAGCGUCGGGGACUGCCAGGCUGCCUGCGAAGCUUCCGCCCCGUGCGCGGGCGCGGUGGUGAAGCAGGGCGAGGCCGUCGGGUUCUGCUGGCUGCAGGCCCACGUCGAGCUGUCCUCCUGCAUCACGGGCACGGACUUCGACACGUGGCUGGCGGUGCCGCCCUCGGGGGCCAAGGCCGCAACCUCCGCGCCCUCGAAUGCGGAGAGGCACCGCGGCGCCGAGGAGGCGCCGACCGCGGCGCCGCCCUCCGAGGCCGCCAGCGGGCGCCCCGCGGAGCUGGCCGUGCAGGAGGAGGCGCGGGGCCUCGGCCAACGCCACCGGGGCGGGGUGGGAGCCGCAGCGGGAGUGGUCCGUGCGCACGGGCCUCAACUGCUUCGGCGGCCGCGGCGCGCGGCACCUCGGCGUCGCGGCGGGCGCCGAGCCGCCCGCCCUGGAGCUGGCGCUGGACGACUGCAAGGCGCAG